AUGGUAGUGACUGCAAGGGAGCCUUCCGAUAGUCUGCCGUCUCUCUGGCAUAGUGCCUGCGAGGACUAUGGCAAGGAAACCGGGAUUUCGUUAACGGCGGAGCGUUUCCCCAAAGUACAGGGGCCUGAGGACCUGUCUCGCCAGCUAGAAUCCGAAAAGGACAACUUUGAAGAUUUUCGAAUGAAAAAACGGCCCCUUUUACAUGCAAUGCAGAUGGUUAUGGCGCCCUUUGAAAGUUGGGGUGACCUGAUUGCUGGUGCUGUCGCUGCAGCUUUCCCUCCAGCAUCAUCGAUCAUGGGUGCAAUGCUCCUUCUGGUCCGAGCGGCGCGCAGGGUCAGUGACGUAUUCAACGGGAUCCUCGACCUAUUUCAUAAGCUGGGCAACUUCGCUCUGCGUCUGGACUCAUACAAGGGGAUCACCCUCAGCGAGGGAAUGAAAACAAUCAUCGUGAAAGUGCUGGUUAAUUCUCUAAGAGUUUGCGCAGCGUCACAAAAGCUCUUGAGCCAAGGUUCACUCAAGGCGAGACUUUCAAAGUGGGCAAAGAAUAUAUUUGUUAACGAUACGUCAAUUAGCUCUUUGCUAGGUGAGCUAGAGGAGCUGACAAGCCAGGAGCAUAUGAUGGUUUCUGCCCAUGGGCUGAAUCUCACCCAUCAAGCUCUGAGAAAUACCGAGGAAUUGCUGAAUAGAGAUGAUGAUAGAAAGGAUCGCGAGAGGAUGGAAAUGGUCAAAGCUGCAUUAGAUCCGGUUUCCGCAUCAGGCCAGGUCUUUUCUUCCAUCACCCAGAAUCGCAUACCGGGAUCCGGUAGCUGGGUUGAAGAUAGGCUUCGGUCCUGGUGGCAAGGAUCUCAACCGCUCCUCUGGCUUCAUGGUGGCCCUGGAGUAGGUAAAUCUCAUCUGGCAUCAAAAAUUAUCACCGAACUUUCAAACGAGUCACCCGUGACCCCGGCACCCAUGGUUGCCUCUUUCUUUUACAAGAACAACGAUGCCGAUUUACGUUCCCUCAACAAAGCCCUGCGAACCAUAGCAUGGCAGUUAGCCACACAACAAUCUAGCUUUGCGGUGCAUGCCGAAGAGUUCUGCAUGAAAGAAGACGCGGGGAACAAUUACGUCCUUUGGGAGAAACUCUUCUUAAAUUACUUUACCGACGUCCCAUCAGCCACCACAGCAUGUUUGGUGAUUGACGGUAUUGAUGAGGCUGACACAGAGGAACAAGAAGUCCUUUUCAGUCUGCUGGAGAAAGGCUUUUUAGCAGAAGAUAAUAUCAGCCGAGCCGUCCCUUUACGAAUCGUGCUUCUUAGUAGGGAUUCGGUGCGUGCCAUGCUCGACGAGCAUUCGUUGGACUGGAUCCCGGAGAUUGAAGUCGGUAACCAGGAGAAUAAGGACGACCUCCACGAAUACGUUUCGCAGAAACUACAGAAGACCAAAUUAUUUCGUGGACAUCCUGAUUUGCUCAAAGAAACUAUCAGCGAGAUCAGCCAGGAAGCUGAGGGCAUGUGGGAAUGGGCCAAUCUCGUCAUCAAAUCUGUUUUGCGCUGUCGAACCAAAGAGCAGAUCCGAAAAGUGGUCAGGACAAUGCCACGAGGAAUCAGCGCGAUGCUUCGUGAGGAACUGCAGCGUCUGAGUAAAGAACUAUCCGAGUGGGAGGGGUUGUCUGAUGAUGAGACAUCCGAGCGAGCGGAGCCUGCAUCACAAAUUGAGCAAUUGAACAUCUUGCUCUCCUUUGUCGCUUUGGCUCAAAAGCCACUGACUGUGCAGCAGCUUGAAAUUAUCCUCGAGCUCACCCUGAAGGAGGAGUUCAUGAAUCUUGAAGAUGAUAUUCGUACGAUUUACUCCUCUCUGUUUUAUAUAAGAGCCAACGAUGACGAAUAUGACCUUGAUGAAGACGAAGACGGUCGGGUUGUGACACUUCGGCAUAGCUCCUUCUAUGAAUUUUUCCGGACGUCUGCGCAGUCGUCUGGGCCAAUCCAUGUUAACGUCGAUCAAGCCGAAGCAAACUUCCUAUAUGUUUUACUCUAUGCCAUGAACGAGUGGUACACGCCCUGUUCCGAGAAAUUCAUGGGAGAGCUCUGGGUAUAUGCUGGGAGUUUCCUGCCAUCACAUCUCACCCGUGCGAAUCCUGAAAAGGCGGGAAAUCUACGAGGAGAUAUUUCCACCUUGCUUGCGAGUCUGUUUAGCUUCAGCAAUAGGAAAGAUAAAGAGUGGUUCCUUGAUGCAAUAACUGUCAGGGGUAUUACCGCACACACACCUUACCUAAUUGGCGAGCCAUCAGAGCUCGGUUCAUACUGGCUGGACGCUCAAGAUCAAGAUACCGCAAAUAAGAGGGCCGAGAUUGUACUCCAUUGGCUUCUUCCAGGUCAAAAACAGAGCUUUGUGGAUCACGCCCGAGCAUCAGCGGUUGCAAGUGAUGCAUGUCCCUUCACAGUUCUCCUGUCAUUUCUGGUAACCCGCUGGAGCAAACUCUGGCUAGAACCAGAGGAAAUUAAGUAUAAUGAUGCAUUGCCUGACAUCGUCCCUGUCAUUUUGACAGUAUACAAUGCGAUGAAAAGAGGAAUAAAGGAGUCUAGUGCAGACGAUAUAACAUCAAAGAUAUCAGAAGUAUUGUGGGAUCAUAGAGAGCCUUCCAGCGUCUUGAUUCCUGCCCAGUCACAAAACCUUCAGCAGACACCUAUGUGGCAUGCGCGAGUUGCUCAGUCGCUCAUGAAACACUGCUACGCACAAGCUCUUGAGCAUUUUCAAAUUUCGCUCGACGGAAACCAAUCAACUUCGGCAUUCAGUGGCGAGUCCUUGUUCGUCAUUCACAGAGACAUGGCUCGUGCAUAUACUAAGGUUGGAAUGCACGAAGAGGCAUUGAAGCAUCUUGAAUUAUCGGAGUCCCUGUGGAGCACCUUCGUGGGUGAUGAGGAUCAUGACGCCGAUGAUGAUAUCAAUCGCUUGCUAAAUAAGGCGCAAAUGAAACAUCGUGCCAAUUUGACAGAUGAUGCAAUUGCAACCACAGAGGAAGCGUGGAAUCUGUUCCUGGAACAUAAAAGCGAGAACCGCGAUUAUGAAUUUUUACCCUUCUUCAUGACCUUCUUGGAAUUGAACCAACCGCACCGUCUGCGGUCCGUGUUUGAUCUUGCUUUCACUCAUUUCGAGGAGACAGCCAGCAUUAGUAGAAGCAUACCUAUGGAUUUUGAGGGCCUCAUCCUCAGAUGUUGCAUUUUACGAGCUUUCAUGAUGUAUAGGGUCAUUCAUUAUGCCCUGAACCGCUACGAUCAGAAUUAUCUUGAUGUUAUCGCCAGAGUCCUGAAGAAAGUCGAUGCUGAAUCUGAUUACCCCGUGGAAAUUAAAUACCGCCUCGCGACAGUCUUAUUUGAAAAGGGGCAACGAGAUGCAGCGGUACAGGGUUGGUAUGAGGUUGUCUCCUCGGUCUCCUCUGAAAGCUGGGACAGGGGUCCUCGCAUGCGGGCAAUGAGUAAACUAGCUUCCCUGUGCCUAGAAGAUGUCGAUAUCUAUUUCUGUGAACAGCCUUUAAUUCUGAAGGAAAACAGUGAACUCAACGACAUCUGUCUAGUCCUGUCGAGUUGGCUCCGGGACCGUGGGGAUAUCGCAAACGCCAGAUAUGCUCUCCGGUGGUGUGUCAAAGAGUGUAUCUCUUUGCUAUCAGAUGAUGAUCCUUCAAACGACAUAGAUGCCUAUAUACGACUUUUCGGCGUAUUCCUUGCCGUCACAGAUAGCGACGAAGAUCUCGAGGCAGCCUUAUACUUGAUCAAGCAAGAAACAGAGCCACGAACGAGCGUGGCUCGCAAUAGGACAGGUACUACCAAGUUAUCCGACGAUGAUGUGCAGCUUGAAGUCUCUGAUGAACUCCAAAAUGUGCAACUGACCGAUGACGAGGAUCGGUUUCUGGAUGCCGGCACUGGUGGUGAUGACAAUAAUGAUAUAGACGAUGCCUUGGACUUAUAUUCUGAUACGGUAUACGACCGUUGCACCGACUGUUCGGGCUGCAAGCGGGAAACUGGGACCAUGCAAUACUGGUAUUUCUGCCGUUCUUGUGCGUUCUCAACAUUUUGUCAACAAUGUUACCGUCAGUGUGAGUCGGGCGAUCUUUCCAAAAUCCCGGGUAUUUGCAAUCCUGAGCACAAAUUCUUUUAUACCGGCCGGCUUCUUCGGCCUUCUGAACGCGUGCCUAAAGGCAUGGUGCCCUUGGUUUCUUCUGAUGGCGAGAAACAGAUUAUCUGGAUAGAACAAUGGAAGGAGAGACUUGCAGAGAAAUGGGAGACCGCGGAUUUUGCGUUUGCGGGUGGGCUGUCAGCUUGGUGUAUGCGUGUUCUUCCAGAACCGCAGAGGACUCGAUGGGCUACAUUCUUCCAGGCAUGA